GUAAUAUGGUUCACAGCGUUAUUUCCGUACGUUUUCCUGUUUAUCAUGUUAGUGAGAGCCGUUACUCUGGAGGGAGCCGGUACGGGAUUACUUUAUUACGUUACUCCUCGGUGGGAAGCUCUAUUAACACCUGGACCGUGGAUGGAUGGCUUUUCACAAAUUUUUUUCGCCUACAGUAUUGGAUGUGGAGCUUUGCCUGCUCUAGGAUCAUACAAUAAAUUUCGCCACAACUGUUACAAGGAUGCUAUUAUAACAUGUGUGGUGAACACAUUAACUUCUGUAAUAGCUGGGAUCGUUACAUUUUCGAUAUUGGGACAUCUGGCAUUUGAACAAAAUUCCGAUGUAGGAGACGUGGUAAAAAGUGGACCUGGUUUAGUAUUUCUAACCUACCCCCAGGUCGUUUUAAAAUUACCAGGUUCGCCAUUCUGGGCUACUUUAUUCUUCAUCAUGCUUCUGAUCUUGGGAAUAGACAGUGAAUUCUGCCUGGUUGAGUCUUUCAUAACUGGAAUUGUGGACAAUUGGUCGCAGCAGUUAAGGCCAUACAGAAAUACAUUUACCGUCGUUGUCUGCAUGGUGAUGUUUCUCCUAGGAAUUCCUAUGGUUUCAAAUGGCGGUAUGUACAUUUUUCAGUUGAUGGAUGCCUAUUCGGCCAGUGGGAUGUCACUGCUUUGGGUAUGUUUUUUCCAGACGAUAGCAAUAUCUUGGAUAUUUGGAAUCGACAAACUCAGUGACUGUAUCGAUCAAAUGAUGGGGAUGAAGCCCAACAAAUUUUUAAUAUUGUGUUGGAAAUAUUUGGCACCGAUCAGUAUAGGAGUAAUAUUCAUAAGCCAAUGUUUUGAGUACAAAUCGUUAUCGUAUGGUAAAUAUCAAUAUCCAUUAUGGUCCGAUUGGAUUGGAUUGGGUAUUAGCUUUUCGUCAAUGUUUUGGGUACCAUUAUAUGUCAUUUAUUAUGUUCUCAGUAAACCUGGCACCAUAAUGCAGAAUCUCAAAAUGGGUCUCAAAUCGAAUAUCAAGAAAAGGAAAAUUUCGAUUUGUGUUACAAGCACAGGACAUCUUAUAAGCCGGAGUAGCGUAGGACUGAUAACUCCAACUUCUUCUUUCCUCGAGCCAACAUAAUCAUUAUUCAUCAUUACCCAUCUAU